AUGAGGCGUAACACCUUCCAACUGCUGGUAUGGCCCAGCUUUGUGGCUCAACUCGUGGCUGCUACCCCACACAAAGCAGCCCGUGGUAUUUUCACCAGCUGCGGCUGCACAGAAAUCAUCACUACCACUCUCUACACCUCUGCUCCGUGCUCCAGCCUACCGAUCGUUACGAUUGUUGAUACCACCACGAUCUUUAUUCCUGUUUCUUGUACAGCUUCGAACACCAUAGGCCCAGGAAGCACGACAUCUUCCGCUCUUCUCACGCUGACUACUUCAUCGAGCCAAGAAACUUCUACUUCGUCAUUCUCGUCCGUGGUAGGAAAUUCGACAACUUCUAGUUUGAAAUCGUCGACUUCCUCUGCCGUCUCGGUCACCAGCCAGGGACCUUCGACAGAGACAACGCAAACUGUAUUGAGCUCUCUUCAAGUAUCUUCUGCUUACUCCAGCAUCUCCACUGGCAGCCAAGAGUCUCAGAGCUCUUCGAUCUCGGUAUCGUCAAUUAGUUCUGUUUCUCAGUCGUUGAGUACCUCAAGUCUUUCAAGUUUGAGCCAAGAAUCAACGAUCACAACAACUUCGCUUCAGACCUCCACAGUCGUGGAAUGUGCAGACACGACUUCGGUUGAAACAGUGACGUCCUAUGGACCCAGUGGCUUCAGCACCAAUUAUGCGACCACAAUCACACUUCCGGUGACAGCCUGUUCUGUCUUGACAAUUUCGAGCUCCGAGAUUCCCACCUCAUCAGUCAUUGGAAAUAUUUCCUCGUCAAUUGCGACAAGCACACAAAGUACUGGUCAAGAAUCAACACUGACCUCGAUAAUUGUUGAGACUUCAACGAAUAUUCCGUGCGCUGGCACCGUUUCAACACUUACUCUUCCUUCAUACAUUUCUGGCAUCAGCAUCAACUUUGUCACUAUCAUAACAUCGCUUCCCACAGGUUGUUAUCCAAGCAGCCAAGUCUCAACAGUCCCAAGCAGCCCCGGAAACUCUACCUCGAGCGCUAUUGGCACGUUCACAGCUGUAUCUUCAACUCAGAGCAGCGCUACGUCCCAGUCCUCAAAUGUCCAGCAGUGUUCAGGGACAAUUUCGACGCUGACGCUGCCGGUAUAUGCUUCUGGCUCAACCAUCAACAGUGUCACUGUCGUGACUAUUCCCGUCACAUCUUGCUCCUUCAGCAGCCAGCUUCCCGAGAGCUUCACAUCAAGCCUCACUGGAUCGACCACUGAGCUAUCAAGUAAUCUCCCACAAUCAAGCCUACCAGUGUCGACGCCAAAUAGUAGCAGCUUUUCGACAAGUGCAACAGAGCAGUCAAGUUCUUCCAACACGGAGACACUGCCAGGUUCUACCUUUCCGUCCACUUUUCCGACCCAAUCAGCCACAGGAACUAGCUCUAGCCAGCUGUCAAGCGUGCAAACACCUCCCACAGGAAUCCAGAGCACAUAUCCUGUUUCUACACAAAGUGAAAGGGCAAGUUUGUCACCCUCCAGUUCCGUCACCUCAAUCACUGUUACCGAGACCGUAUCUCCAACAUCUUCACAGGAGUCAAGCACCGAGAUGCAAAGCUCCAUCCCGGCUUCUUCUCCUCUCUCUUCAGUCCCAACCACGGCAUCGGAGUCGUCAAGCGGAGUGGUCUCGACCCCACCAGUCUCAUACACGGUAUCUCCCACCUCGUCUCAAGAGUCGACUACCGAGACACAAAGCUCAGCUCUGGCUUCAUCCCCUUCUUCCUCACUUCAAAGUUCAAGUGCAAAUGCUAGCAGCCUUGUAACUUCAACACAAUCCUCGAUUUCGGUUUCUCUCACCAGCCUUGGAAGUCAAACCACAAGUCAAUCAACAAUGUCUGCGGCUACAGAGACGGAAAUAUCGACUCUGCUGUCGUCACUUUCUGUCUCCUCUCUCCCAUCCUCACUCUCCUCCACAAGCACCGGGUUGACAAGUGGCAUCGUGUCGACUCCGUCAGUCUCUACCCUAGCUUCCACCGAGAUAUCGAGCUCUCUCUCUGCUACGUCUCUUCCUUCUUCCAGUCCAAUCCCGACUCAGAGCACAAGUAAAGGAGUUUCGACCUCAUCCUCAUCCUCAUCCACAAACUCCUUCACGACCUCGGAAACAAACAUUGGGACCGUGGCUACUACCACAUCGACCUCAGAAUUUGCAAGCACGACAAGCAGCCUGCCACUCACCACAACUCUUUCCUGUUCUGAGGAGAUACCAUCAACAACCAGUACCAAUUCUGGAGAAGUCACCUCCGAAUCUUCGACCUCAACUCUUCCCACAUACCCUGGAGGAUUACCGACUCUUGUUACAACCACGGAGGCCAACAGCGGAGAAGCCACUUCCACGGAAUCGCUGACGACAUCCACCGCUUCUGCAAAUUCUCCAAAUUGGGGUUAUGGUUCUGGUUCUUGGGGUCCUCCAACUUGGGGCUAUGGAGAAGGUCCUACGACUCUCAAGCAGGUUCAUAAGAGUCAUCGUGAGUGGAAGAAGUCAGAUCAUGAGUGA